AUGACGACCGAUAAGUCAUCAUCGGUGGUGCUUCAAACCGGAUUUCCAUCCAAUGAUAACCUCACAGCACGGUCGGUGCUACCGAACCAAGCCGCCGCAGUCGCUUUCUCACCAAAACCCGAUGUGUCUGCCAUGGGCGAAAGUUGGUGGGAUCGUCUUUUCCACUACAAUCAUGUUCAUCUGGACAAUGUGCAACUGGCGGUGCGGGGUACCAAGGCCCAGCUGUCGAUUUGCUCGUCUACUCACGAUACCCUUUGGCAAAAUAUCCCAGAUUCCUUAAAUUGUGUAGCGACCACCACCGCGGUGGCUGACAUUGAAGAUGAUGAAGAGCCAUUCAACGUUCUGGAAUGGCAUCCUACAGAUGUGGUGGUGCUCAGGAAACGGCAAUUGUAUUGGCUGGUGGUGGAACCCGUUGACGGUGAAGUGCUUGAGUGGGUGUUUGCUCAGCCAGGUGUCAAUCAAUGGGGUUCAGCUUAUCAGACCAAAGAUACAUGGCAACUUGACUCGGAAGACGGCCCAGUCCCGUGCGCCAUCGUCGCUGUCGUAGCGCAUUAG